UGUUGUAAUUACGUUGAAAUUUGUUUUAAUUGUAUUUCACUACCGAUUUGGUAUUCACCCGUAGUGAAAUCCCUAUUAGUGUUCAUUAAUUAAUUAAUUUGUUCAUUCUCAUUCUUCAUUCCCAAUCCCUUACGUGAAGCCAAACGAGAACGUACGUUUUCAUUCCCAAAUAGCCAAAUCCCUAAAAAUCCCAAAGCGCCAUCUUCAUUAUCCAAUCAUUCCCAAUUUCUUUCAUUUCUUUCCACCACCGAUUAGGGUUCCUUUUUUCAUCUCAGAUCUCACAAUCUACAACCAUGCAAAUCGACAACACCGUCGUAAUCGAUAUCGAAGCCACUCCUCCACCGCCACCGCCGCAAGAUCCAACACCGAAUCGCCCUAAAACCAUCCCUAGGAAGCGAAAGAAGGAUGCUAAUUCGCAGUUACAGAAACUACGGAGUCCCGAAGAGAAAUAGGCUCACAUGGAAACCCUAGAAAAAGAGCUUGAAGGUUUGUUUCGGUACUAUAGGGUUGUUAUGAGUCAGAAAGUUGUUGUUGACCUUAAGCAAUGCGGUGGUUCUAGAAAUGCUGUUGUUGCUGCGUUGAUGGAGGAGAGCGAACUUCCGUUGUCGAAGCUUGUUGAUGAGAUUCAUGGGAAGCUAAAUAGUGAGGUGGCGAAUGGGGGAAUUAUGUUGGCGGAAGCUGUUAAUUCUGCUUUAGUGAAAAGUAGUGUGCUGAUUGUUGGUCAGAGGAUGAUGUACGGAGUUCCUAAUGCUGAUGCUGAUAUACUUGAGGAUCAUUCUGAUUCAUGUCUCUGGUGUUGGGAGGUUCAUCCAUGCGGUCAAUAUCGUAAGAACACUGUUGUUGGCAUUCUUCAAGCAGAGCAUGGGCUGCCUCCUGUGUUUCCUAUCCAUCGACUGGAUCGCCUUGUCUCAGGACUCCUUAUUAUGGCCAGAAAUGCUUCAAAAGCUGACAGUUUUAGGCAAGAGAUUGAAGUUGGCUUAGUAAAGAAACAGUAUAUUGCAAAAGUAGUUGGCGAGUUUCCGGAGAAUGAGAUAAUCACAAUGCUUUGUCUUUCAUUUGUGCAAUCAAAUUAAGAAAUGUUGGCACUAAAAGGGGCGUGAGUUUCAUUUGUGAACUCAUUGCCUGUGGAUGACAAUGUGACAUUUGACAAACUCUUAGCUACAACUAGUUGGCUAAGUUGUGUUUUAUGCACCAUUGCAGCAGAGCGCCGAACUCUAUGUGUAGAACCGGAACUUGUGAUUUACAAUUCAUAGCCACAGUUGAAUUUAGAGUUAUCAUCGUGGUGUUGAAAUUUUUUGGGUGAUACAUGCCUUUGAUCCUAACACAAAUGCAGUUAUAAUUUAUAUGUAUAAUAUGCUUUACUGUAUACUCUAAUAUAUAAUUAUAAGUUGGUUUUUGUUUUGUUAAA